AAACGAAAAAUCAACCAGUCGCGUGCCCUAACUAGCAGACACAACUCUUUUUGUUUUCACUGGUUAGGGUUUUCCGCUGUCAAUUUUUUCGCGCCAAAAUGGAAUCUGAAGGGCAAAAGGCCACAGCGAACCCAUCGGCAAUGCUGGCUUCUCUCCUUAGUAGGAGAGCCAAGCUUCACGAGGAGCUUCGUAACAUUGAAAAGCAGGUCUAUGAUAUGGAGACAGGUUAUCUACAGGAUCCAAGCCAAUGUGGCAAUGUGUUGAAAGGUUUUGAGGGAUUCCUAUCUUCAUCUAAGAGCACUGCGCUCUUGAAGCGGUCCAGGAAGUUUCAGCCCGAAGAUAGGCUCUUUUCAUUAUCGUCAGUCACCUCACCGGCAGCUGAAGAGCUUGCAGCUGGACGAGAUGAUGGGAGAUCAGACUUUGGUCCUGGUCGAUCUAAGGGUGGAGGUAUCUUCGCAAAUGGGCAAGGAAAACCAAAGAAGGGAAGAGCAGGGCCAAGGGAUUCAAAGAGAUUUAGGCCUUCAGGUGAUCCAGAUUUCGACUACGACGAUGAUCCCGACGUGACAUUGUAAAUUUGCCAUUUCUGUGGAAGAAACUUUGCAAGAUCUUGGGAGUCAAUAACAUCAAUUUUUUUUUUUUUUGUUGAAAUCUCGUCAAGGGCGCAAGUUCAUAGGCAAAGAAAGCUUUUUUUGUGACCUUUGUCAUUAAUCUUGAGACAUGAAAAUGUUGAUCGAAGAUUAAUGUUUAUAUCUUUAUUUAUGGUUACAA